GAGAACUUGUAAUGAUCAUCCAUGUAUCACGUUCUACUGGGAAGCGUCGCCAUGGGGACCAUGCAUUGAGGACUCCUCCAUGAAUCUAAAUGGCACCGGCUACUGGAACGGAACGGCCACCUGUGCAGUCGGUGUGCAGAUUCGUAAAGUGGUCUGCAUGAAAAUGGGCAUCGGGCCAGUUAUUCCCAAAAGGUGUCCAGAAUCUGCCCGACCAGACACCAUUCAGCCCUGUUUACUGCCCUGUAAGAAAGAUUGCAUUGUGACUCAUUUCAGUGAAUGGACAGCCUGCCCUAACACAUGCCUGCCAGUGAACAGCAGCAUGCCCUCGCAGUCACGAUACAGGAUCAUCAUCCAGCGGGCGGCCAAUGGGGGUCAAGAGUGUCCAGAUACUUUAUAUGAGGAGAGAGAAUGUGAGGCUCUUCUGGUUUGUCCUAUUUACAGGUGA